GCAGGAAAUAUUUCAGGAUUGUCAUCCGGUUCAUUUUCUGAAGUCAAGAGCACAUGGAGUGAUGGAGAAAUCUGGAAACAUUUCCAGGUGUGUGUCUGUGAACGCAGAUCCUCUUCAGACUCUCCUCACAUACACAGACUGCGUCUCCAACUGGGUUUCUGCUGAACUGGUCAUCUGUGACUCUGUCAAGGCUCAGACUGCUUUGCUCGCUCGAUUUCUUGCCGUUGGAAAGUUUUGCUAUGAGAUGAGAAACUUUGCCACAGCCAUGCAGAUUUUGUCAGGUCUGGAGAAUGUGAUUGUGAGACAAUUACCGGCCUGGAAGGUUCUCCCGCUGAAGGUGUGUGCGGUUCUGGAGGAGCUCAGGGCCGUGCAGGUGUUUCUGAAGAGUGAUAAUCUGUGUCUGAUGGAGGGACGGCAGACGAGAGCUCGACCCACUUUACCUGCGCCUCAUGUCCUGGCCAUGCACCUGCAGCAGCUGGAGAUCGGCUCAUUCACCACCACCAGCGGAUCACACAAAUGGACCAAACUGAGGAACAUUGCACGUGUGGUGAGUCAAGUUCACGCGUUCCAAGAGAAUCUUUAUUCCUACACUCCAGACCUCGAGCUGCAGUCGUACCUGCGUGGACGCAUCGCCCGGCUCGGUGAAUGUGACGUCUCCCUCCUCGCCUCAGACAAUAAUGUCAACUUUAACCAGAUGGCCAGCGAUCGGCAUGGCCGCAGGAUCCAGGACACGCUGCGCAGGGUGAAGGCAUCAUUUCAGUGAGUGUCCGGAGGUGUCCGUCUGAACCCUGAUGGGAUGGGAUGAGAGAGGAACUCAUGAAGUCAUUCAUCUUUCUCUCUUUAAACUCUCGUGAGGACAACGUGACCUCCAGCGGUCACAGGGUUUGUGAUGAAUUACUUUUCUGAGAGUUUCUCACAGAUAUACGGCCAAAUAAAGCAGUCUGAUUAUAUACAGAUGAUAUUUAUUGAUCAUUAGUUCGAGAGAAUGAAUUAUGUUAUUGGAUUUUAAGGUUAUAUGGGAAUGUGAAAUAUUGCACUUACUGUAGCUUUUCAGAGUGAAGAACAAACUGUCCUGCUUUAAUAAAUUAAUUGUUAGCAGAUUUAAACACAGUUGUCACUUCAUUGUCACACAUUUGCAUAAAGUUUAGUUGUUGUUAAAAUCACUGAAUCCAUCGGAACAUUUACAAACAGCUUGAAUAUGGGACAGUUUUCACACUUUUCUUGUUUAAAAUAUCAAGUAAUGUUUGACACAGAACUUGGUUUAUACUUUAUUUGAUUUUUACUAAAGUCUUCUGUUAAGGCUCAAAUACACUACAAGAUUUUGCUCAGAUUUUCAGUCUGGACUCAGUCUGCAGAUUUGAUCAGUUAAUCUGUUUCUAUCUGAAACUUUCCAAAAGUCUGCAAGUGUGUGACGUCUAGUUUAAAAACAAUCUGUUCAGAUUUUGAAAGUCUUGUAGUGUGUUCCAGCCAUUACUCAUGUAGUUACAUUGAUUCAGUCAUAAUAAAUAUUUGUGACAUUAAGCUGUUUCACCAGGGCUUUAUUAGGACAGCUGACAAAACAUUUCACACAUUUGCAGGAUCAAGAAUGAAUUGCAUAUAGUCCAUUGAGUAGAUGGAUAUGAUACAUGUGUAAAGUUGAGAUUUUUUCAUGAAUCGAUCAGAAUAAAGUCUGUAUUUGACACAGCUGAUAUUUAUGCUUCUGUU